AUGACGUCGUUCAAAGUCGUGACGGGCGACCUCAUCCGUCUGAUCGAGACGCCGCAUGAGAAGCAGCAAGACGCGUUGACGCGCAUGGGCGGCCUCGAAGGCAUUGCGGCCUCGCUCCGCGUGGACCUGCGCCAGGGACUGGACGCGAGCAACGCGGCCGACCUCACGAAGCGCGAGGAGUCGUUUGGCAAGAACUACGUGGCCCCGGCCAAGUCCAAGAGCUUUCUCGAGCUCAUGUGGGACGCCUAUCAGGACAUUACGAUCAUUGUGCUGACGAUCUCGGGCUUCAUUUCGAUCAUCCUGUCGUCGACCGUGGGGGACCACCCCGAGACGGGGUGGGUCGAAGGCGCCUGUAUCAUCUUUGCAGUCGUUGUCGUGACGCUCGUCACGGCCGUGAACGACUACCAGAAAGAGUCGCAGUUCCGCGAGCUCAAUGCGAUCAAAGAGGACGAAAAGAUCAAAGUCCUUCGCAACGGACAGCCCGCGGAAGUCGGCAAGUGGGGCCUCGUGGUCGGCGACAUUGUCCGCGUCGACUUGGGCGACAUCAUCCCCGCCGACGGCAUUGUCUUUGACCAGAAGGAGAUUAAGAUGGACGAGAGCGCCAUGACGGGCGAGUCGGACCUGCUGUCGAAGAGUGCGGAGAACCCGUUUCUGCUGUCGGGGACCAAAGUCAUGGAGGGCGUCGGUAAGAUGCUCGUGGUCUGUGUGGGGGAGAACUCGCAAGCCGGUAUCAUCAAGAGCUUGAUCAACGGCAACCGCCGUGGCGGUGCCGCUGUCGCUGCUGCUGCUGCUGCUGGAAGUGACGAUAAAGCGGCGUCGAAGAACAAGAAGAAUCCGGACGCCGAGGGACAAGUGUAUGUCGAGAUUGAGACGCCGAAAGAAGGGGCGUCGAUUGAGGUGGAGAAGAGCAAAGAGAGCGAAGACGAAGAGGAGAGCCAGUCGCCGCUCGAAGGCAAGUUGUACAGCUUGACGGUGCUCAUUGGGAAGCUGGGGACUGUCGUGGCGUUGCUGGUGUUUGUCAUCAUGUCGAUCCGUUUCUCGAUCGACACGUUUGUGCAAGACGGUAUGCCCUGGAAAGGCAGUUACAUCAGCGACUACCUCAACUUUUUCAUCAUUGCCAUCACGGUGCUGGUGGUCGCGAUCCCCGAAGGUCUGCCACUUGCAGUGACCAUUGCUCUCGCCUACUCUGUGAAGAAAAUGCUCGCCGACAACAACUUGGUGCGUCAUUUGGACGCUUGUGAGACCAUGGGCAGUGCCACGACGGUGUGCUCCGACAAGACGGGUACGCUGACGACGAACCGCAUGACUGUGAUGCAAUUGUGGAUUGGCGGCCAGGAGUUUUCGUCUGCUGCGGCGGGUGUCGGCGCGUUGUCGGAAUCGACGAAAGAGGCGUUUUGCACGGGCAUUGCUGUGAACUCGACGGCUGAGAUUCUGCCCUCGAAGGUCGAAAACGGUCAGCCCGAGCACACUGGCAACAAAACGGAAUGUGCUCUGCUCCAGUUCAUCCGUGACGGCGGCAUGGAGUACCCGGACAUUCGCUCGAACAACGAGGUCGUGCACAUGUUGACGUUCAGCAGUGCGAAGAAGCGCAUGUCCGUGGUGGUCCGUCGCACAGCAACGACGUCUCGUGUGUACACAAAGGGCGCGACAGAAGUGGUACUUGGUCUGUGCCAGGACAUGCAGGCCGUAGAUGGCUCGAUCGAGCUUUUGGACGAGGCCCGCAAAGCGAAGAUUGGCGAGGAGGUCAUUGAGAAGUACGCCUCGCAAGCCUACCGAACGCUAUGCCUGGCCUACCGUGACUUGGAUGUGCCUGCCGAGGAUACGAUGAACUGGUCGGACGAGGACGUGGAGAAGGACUUGACGUGUGUGGCGAUCGUGGGCAUCGAAGACCCCGUUCGUCCGGAGGUGCCCGAUGCGAUCAAGAUGUGCAACACGGCUGGUAUCACGGUGCGCAUGGUGACAGGCGACAACAUUACGACUGCACGGUCGAUUGCGAGCAAGUGCGGUAUCACCAAGCCGGGCGAUGGUUCGUUGAUCAUGGACGGCCUGACGUUCCGCACUCGAGUGCUGGACGCGCAGGGAAACAUCAUCCAGUCCGAGUUCGACAAGAUUUGGCCAAUGCUGCGCGUGCUUGCUCGUUCGUCGCCGAAGGACAAGUAUACGCUUGUGUCUGGGUUGAUGCAGAGUAACGUCGCACCGCACGGUCCUCAAGUGGUUGCUGUGACUGGUGAUGGCACGAACGAUGCUCCUGCCCUGAAGAAAGCCAACGUGGGUUUCGCCAUGGGUAUCAGUGGCACGGCCGUUGCGAAGGACGCCUCCGACAUUAUCUUGAUGGAUGACAACUUCAACUCGAUCGUGAAUGCCAUCAAGUGGGGCCGCAACGUGUACGACUCGAUCGCCAAGUUCCUGCAGUUUCAGCUGACGGUGAAUGUGGUUGCUAUAUCUCUGGCGUUCAUUGGUGCGGUUGUGCUGGAGCAGUCUCCUCUUUCGGCCGUGCAGAUGCUUUGGGUGAACCUGAUUAUGGAUUCGUUUGCGUCGCUGGCUCUUGCAACGGAGGAGCCGACGCCGCAAUUGCUGGAGCGCAAACCUUAUCCGAAGACGGAGCCGCUGAUCUCGAAGAAGAUGACCAAGCACAUUCUUGGUCAAUCGACGUACCAGCUCGCUCUGUUGCUGGCCAUUGUGUUCUCUGGUGAGAAGUGGUUUGACAUCCCAUCCGGUCGUACGCAUGAUGUUGCUGACGACGUGAAAGACGAUCCGAGCGUGCACAUGACGAUCGUGUUUAACACGUUUGUGUGGGCGCAGCUGUUUAACGAGCUGAAUGCGCGCAAGAUCCACGACGAGAUCAAUAUCUUCACCGGCAUUACGAAAAACCGCGUGUUCAUCUACGUGGGCGUGCUCCAGGUCGUGUUGCAGUACGUGAUGGUCCAGCACACGGGUGACUGGUUCAAGUGCAAGCCGCUAAGCCUCAACCAGUGGCUCGCCUGCAUUGGCAUGGGCUUCGUGUCACUGCCGCUUGGGUUAUUGCUGCGCUUGAUUGAUAUGAAGAAUGCGCCGAACUGGAUGGCAAUCUGCCGCGAGGUGGAUACAGAGGAGGUGCGCGAGAUCCGAUCGGGCAAUGGCCAGGCUCUUUGGGUGCGCGGCUUUGCUCGCCUCCGUGCGCAGAUACGCGUCGUCAAGGCAUUUCAGAAGGGUCUUCAGUCGAAGGCCCUCCUCAAGGGGUAG